GAUCAUUCUUUCACUAAGGCAAGAUGGCUGAUCAGACUGAACGUGCGUUUCAAAAACAACCCACGAUCUUUCUUAAUCGCAAGAAAGGUCUGGGUCCUAAGAGAAGGAAGCCCAUGAGAUACAGCCGAAAUGUUGGGCUUGGAUUCAAAACACCUCGUGAAGCUCUUGAGGGAACAUACAUUGACAAAAAAUGUCCAUUUACUGGCAAUAUUUCCAUUAGGGGACGUAUUCUCACUGGUGUGGUGCAAAAAAUGAAAAUGCAACGGACCAUUGUUAUACGUAGGGAUUAUCUACAUUACAUCAGAAAAUACAAUCGUUUUGAGAAACGUCAUCGUAAUAUGAGUGUACAUCUAAGUCCUUGCUUCAGGGACGUAGAAAUUGGUGAUGUAGUCACUAUUGGAGAAUGCAGACCGCUCAGUAAAACAGUAAGAUUUAAUGUCUUGAAGGUCUCUAAAGGUACAGGAUCAAAGAAGAGUUUUAAAAAGUUCUAAAAUCGUGGAAACUCACCCUAUGAAGAAUUUGAUUUAAAUUGGGAAAGGAAGGUACGAAACAUUGGAUUGAUGAAAGUCAUAAGAAAUAUGAAUUACCAUCUUAAUCUGUAACUAAUGACAUUUAAGAUAAAUAAAAACAUAAAGAACAUUUGUA